AGAUUCUAUGUAAAAUGAAUCAGUAGCACAAGUGAGACAGUCGUGGGUCUACCGUUUAAUUGAGAUAUUAUUUGUUUUUUGUCCUCAAUUGGUUCUGGGUUCUCCGGUAGCUAAUGGGUAUUAUCCUUGUUGUGUUAGUUGUGUUAUUAUUUGUGGAAACUGGAACUUCACAGUCAAAUGGCCAUUUUAACAAUACUAACAACCUCAUCCAAUCUUUCUGUGGUAGUAAUCCUACUAAUAGUCCGCCAAUCUUCAAAAAAAAUCGCAACUCUACAUUUGAUCAACUGCGAAUGCAAUUAGUGAGAACCAACCAACUUUAUGCCAGAGCACAGGAUUUAAGUGCAGGGGAAGCGGUCUUUGCACUAGCCCAGUGCUGGAACUAUCUAUCUGUUGAUCAGUGCCUAGCUUGUUUUGAUGCAGGCGUUUCUAAACUGGUCACCUGCCCAGUUGGCACGGGUGCCUAUGCUUUGAUGGAUAACUGCUUUGUCAGGUACGAGGACUUUAAUGACUUCUACAAUAAUCCAUAUGUCUCCCAAGAUGGGGUUGGCACUCCAUACUCAUCAUGUGGAAAUCAAUCAUCUCGGGCAGUGUCCACGUAUAAAGAAAUCGUCGAUAAGUUUUUAUCGGAUAUUGCAGAUGUUACUCCAAAAAUCUCUAAAUUCUAUGUAGCAUCUGCAAGGCAAAUCACAAGCGAAAAUGUAACCGUGUAUGCGGUUGCACAAUGUAUGGAAAAUAUCAACAAGACACUCUGCAAAGCAUGCAUGGAUAAAGCAUAUGACAAAUUAAAUGAUUGUUUGCCCAACACAGAAGGAACUUUUUUCGAUCUAGGCUGUUUCGCAAAGUAUUCAGAGACCCCAUUUUUCAAUGACAACCAGACAAUCGAUUUCACAAAUAUCUUAAAUGGGCAUUCAAGUAAGGUAUCCUUAAUUGCUGGAGUGGUUGGGGGUGUCCUUUUUUUACUUAUCCUUGUUCUUUGGUUAUUGCAUCGACAACGGAAGAAGAUUAAGAAGAGAGAACAAGAAGCAGCGGAUUUGGAGGGGGCUGUACAUUACAAUUAUAAGGAUCUGCAGAUGGCAACCAAUAAUUUUAGCAAUGCAAAUAUUCUUGGGAAAGGAGGUUUUGGUGAAGUAUUCAAGGCAGCACUAGAUGAUGGAAGUAUUGUGGCAGUGAAAAGACUUCAUGUACAACAUGCUAGAGCGAAAGAGGAAUUUGAGAAUGAGGUUAAGCUCAUAAGUAAUGUUCAUCAUAGAAAUCUUCUACGUCUCCUUGGGUGGUCCUCUCAAGGAUCUGAUCUACUUCUAGUCCUCGAAUAUAUGCCAAAUGGAAGCCUUGAUACGUACUUAUGGGGUGCAAAAAGAGGGACAUUGGACUGGACCCAAAGAUAUGAAAUAAUAUUUGGGAUUGCUAGGGGUCUUGCUCAUUUACACAAUGAAUUCCAUGUGAAAAUCAUUCACAGGGACAUCAAAUCUAACAACAUUCUUCUUACCGAUGAUUUCAAACCAAAAAUAGCCGAUUUUGGUUUGGCAAGGUUUCAACCAGACGACGAAACCCAUGUUAGUACCAAGUUUGCUGGGACAUUGGGAUAUACAGCACCGGAAUAUGCACAAUAUGGUACUUUAUCGGAUAAAGUUGACACUUACAGCUUUGGAAUUGUGACUCUUGAAAUCAUAGGAGGCCAAAGGAGUACUGAAGUGAAAUCCGAUCAACAAUCCACUGAUUACCUCCUUGAACAUGCAUGGAAGCUGUAUGAGAAAAAAACUCAUAUAAAUUUCAUUGAUGAGACAUUGGACUUGAACCAACAUGAACAACAACAUGUGAUAAAGAUAAUUGAGAUUGCUUUAUUGUGUACUCAGUCAGUGUCGAAAAGACCAACCAUGACAGAAGUGGUUUUGAUGCUUCAAGAGGGCCAAUCUUUGGGAAAAAGGAAGCUAACAAGGCCAACUUUUGUUACCAAUACAGAUAGGAGGAUUCAUAUAGGCUCUUCAAAGAAUUCUAUUGGUAUUGAAAACGCUUACGAAAAACCAUAGGCAACUAGGAAAAGUAAUAUAUAAAGAAACGGUUGAUAUUUUAGUUAAAUAUAUCAAUUGUUUUUUUUUU